AUGACAACUCUGCUGGACCUGAAGAGUAGUGUGCUGAGGCAGGUUCAGAGGAGCCAGUCCCUGAGAAGCAGGAGGGAGCCACCGCCGUCCCCGAGUAGUCCCCUCACACCCUGCCCUGACCCCUUAACUCCCAGGGUUUCACAGGGGAGUGUAGAGUUCUUCGAGCGCAUGAACGUCAUCCUCCAGAAACAUGACAAGAUGCUGCAGGCAGCCCAGGCUGAGUGCCACAGAGGAGCCAGCACAGUGCCGCCACCCCAAGAGUAUGUGGACCAGCCCUUCAUCCCAGAGAGAAUCAGCCGGAGAGAGCUGGACCUGCUAUAUGAGGAGGCUGUGUACACGGUGGUCAACAGGGUGGGAGUGCCUUCACCAGAGUACGUGACUAGCGAAGAAGACUUGUUCGCUUAUCUUCUGCAGGUGUUUGAUAUGGGCGAGGAGGAGCAUGACAUUAUUCUUCAGAAAGUUCUGGAAUCCAAGCGAGCCAGUUUCUCCCUGAGGGUCUCAGUUAUGAAAGCAAAAAAUCUAAUGGCCAAGGAUGCAAACGGGUACAGCGACCCCUACUGUAUGCUGGGGAUCCUCCUGGGCCACAGCCCCAGGGAGCCAGAGGAGAAGAAAGAAAGAAAAUUCAGCUUCAGGAAGAGGAAGGAGAAGCUAGAGAAGCGCUCCAGCACCAAGGAGGUUUUGGCCGCCAGGUGCAUUCAGGUCACUGAUGUUAAACCAGAGACGCUCAACCCGGUUUGGAAUGAACACUUUGUCUUUGACAUAGAUGAUGUCCAUAAUGAUCUUUUACACCUCGACAUAUGGGAUCAUGAUGACGACGUCUCUGUUGCCGAGGCUUGCAAAAAACUCAAUGAAGUCAGUGGACUGAGAGGAAUGGGCAGGUAUUUUAAGCAGAUUGCUAAAUCCGUCCGGGCCAAUGGAUCUGCGUCGUCGGGAUCGGAAGAAAAUGCUGAUGACUUUCUGGGGUGUAUCAACAUCCCUUUGAAUGAGUUCCCUGUGGUUGGCUAUGACAAGUGGUUUAGGUUGGAGCCACGUUCGAGUGCGUCCAAGGUUCAGGGAGAAUGCUACUUGACGUUAAAGCUUUUCACCAGCCAUAGAGAUACAGCCCUAACUAAGAAAGAGUCAAAUGUUGUUAUUCACAAGAAAUUGCUGGCGCAGAUUCUGGAGUACGAACAUGUCCAUGUUCAGAUGGAGCCUUAUAAUUGGAAUGGGCAGGUUAGUCCCCCAGCAUGGACCAUUCUCACUCACCAUGCUGUACAAACUGACCUUUCACCCCUGCAACAGGCCAUUAUCCGCUGGCAGUGCUACAGCAGCCACCAUCGGAGGCAGAGGGUCUGCUACUCCCUGCUGCUUCGCCUCCUUAGGGCCAUCGAUGCGGAGUGGGACCCUUCCACUGUGAGAGGAGACUUGGAAAGGCAGCUGUCAGACAGCUUCAGGCUGUACAUAGACCACUGCCUGUGCCUGAUGAAGAACAUGCGCCAGGUGUUCCCCUGCACCAGCCCUGCUGCCAUUACACGCUACGAGCUCAUGCUAAGGGGUAUUGGCUACUUGCAGACCAUGAAGGCAUUCAAGACUGUGUGCCCUCUACGAAAUGAACUACAUUUGGAUAUCACCACCACUUUAAAGAAAGGAACAGCAGAGUGGUAUGAAAGCAUAGUUGCACAAUUCAAACCAGAGGAAGGGACUCUGGAGGAGCAGCUGAGGAGGCUGGUUCAGGUGGUGGAUGCUGUGUGUUGUGACAUACAGAGAGCACAAAACACCUACAACAAACUCUUCUACAGUGCACUGAAAGAGGACUUCUUCAGCCUUGUGUACAGGCAGCUGGAGAAGCUGGUAGCAGAUGACAUAAACAUAGCCAUGGAGCGGGUGUGCGGAACCUUGGAACAGGAGAGCUCCAGACUAACUCAGACAAUGGGAGAGACAAUCUUUGAGCUCUUCAUUUCCUUGAAGAUCCUCAAAGGCUUUCGGGAGUUUCUUCCUCUCAAGGAUGCUAAAAUGCUGGCCUUGACAGGGUUUCAUAACUGGUUUAAGUCCUCUAUUCAUAAAUGGCUGCAGAUUGUCCAUGACAGAUCAUGUGACAGGAUUCGUAGAGCAGUGGACAUGGACAAGCUGGAGCCCGUGAAGCAGGCUAAACACAGCUCUUCAGCGGCAGAUGUUACAGCCUGCUUUAGCCAGGUACGGGAGAUAUGGUUCCAGCUGGCCUGGCCAGACUCUGCAGGGGCCUUCAUCUUUGUCACUCGCCUGACAGAUAAUUUCUGCAGUGAGGCUGUGUAUUUCUCAGAGAUGAUAACGCGCAAGAUUGAGCGGAACCAGCUGGGACGAGACCACAAGAGUCUCACAGUGCAGCUGUGCAUCGCCCUCAACAACAUAGAGCAUGUGCGUGUGUUCCUGGGGCAACUACCCCGCGAUCUGGACUGGCAGGGCGUGGAGCAGGCGAUGGAAGAGUCCUGUGGGGCCGAAGGGAAGGAGCAGGUUUACAAGGCGCUCAAUGGGCAGCUUUACAACAUGGACCUGGACCUCCAAAGAGAAGCCAAGCGCCUCAUCACCAUGCUCACUGAUAAGAUGCAACCUGAACUGCGAAGAUACAUCCAGCAUAUCAGCCUGUCCCCAGACUCCAUCAACAAUGACGAGGCUGUGUCCCCUCUUAUGAAGUACUUGCAUGACACGAUGGUCAUCCUAAGUGAAUCGUUAAUGAAGGAAAAUCUGACAAGAGUUCUCCAAAGCAUGUGGGAGCUUCUUCUGUGUAUGAUCCUGGACACUGUGGCAGAAAACAGGGGGGUCCAGGUGGAGUUCUACAACCGCUUUCAGUAUACACUGGAGAAUCUGCUGCAGUUCUUUCAUGCUGAAGGAGAUGGUCUCGCCACAGAUGAAAUGAAAAGCGGCGAUUACAAGGUCCUGGAUGAAGAACUCAGGCUGAACAAGUGUUCCUCCGUUGAGCUGAUUGAGCAGUACUUUUUGGAGAAGAUAUCCCAUCAGAGGACACUGAAACACACCCGUUUUGGUCGGAUCAGCGUGAAGUGCUACUAUGACGCUGCGGAGCAGAGGCUGACGGUGGAGAUCCUUCAUGCUGCAGAUAUCAUUGCACUGGAUGCCAACGGUCUGAGUGACCCCUUUGUCAUCGUGGAGCUCUGCCCUCAUCACCUCUUCCCCAUGGCCAAAAGUCAGCGCACCCAGGUCAAACUGAAGACACUGCACCCCGUAUUUGACGAACUCUUUUACUUCCACGUCAGCCCUGAGCAGUACAGACACAGGUUUGCCUGUUUGGCCUUCACUGUGAUGGACUAUGACUGGCUGUCCACCAACGACUUUGCCGGUGAAGCUGUGGCGCCCCUCAGUGACUUCUGCUGGCCAGGGAGACCCAAUGCCUCAGCGGCUGGCAAGAACGUCCAGCCGGUCAUUCUUCACUUGUCUCGCAGCAAACCCAGUGAGAAGCCAAUCAUGAGGAUGCUGGAUGCACGGACUGGUGACAGGGAGGCUCAGGAGUUUGUCCGCAGGCUGAAGGAGGUUGAGAAGUCCAUGGAGGAGGAAUAA